UUCAAGCGUCGAUAUAAUAUAUAUUAUACAAGAUUAGGUUGUAUGGUACGACACCUCUGCCUUUCCAGGUAGAAAAAUAAAACUACUACUCUUAAUGACAAUUGACAUCAAUUGACAAAUGUAUGUAAUAGUAAAUAGGUAAUAGGACUACUUAUUUAAAUGCUUACAUAUAUGAAAAACAAAUAACAUGGAAACCGAGAUUCAAGGAGACGAUUGGGAUAUCCCUUGUUCAGAUGACGAACUGGCGAAAAACGGCGUUUUUAUUGGAAAAAGCUGGAUGCCGGAACCGGCCGAAUUAGAGGAACUUUACAAAAACAUCGACAAAAAGGGUAUAUUAAACCUAGAAUGGAAAUGUCCAGGACGCAGGCAACCAUCUCCCGUGCCUGUCAGCAAGGAAAACCAGCCUGAGUUACCUCAAUCGCCAAUCCGGGAAGAAAAGUCAGACUUUGAUUUCAUGGAUGAGGUUAGUUCAUUGCGGCUGCGGGUAAGACGGGAAGGGGAAGACACGUUGAGAGGUUCUGCUAAGAAAAAGACAACUUCUUUUGAUGGUAUUCUUUCGAAUAUGAUAAGGCAUAAAAGAAUAGAGCAGAUGGAAAAACAAGCGAAAACAUCACCCUCAACUACUUCAAGUAACUAAGAUACACAAAAAAUUACUACUUAGUUGCAGGACUAUCUUAUUAUUUAGUAGUUGUUUAAUAAUAAAAAGUUGUUUAAAUUUGGUUAAAAAAAUUGGAAACCACCAGCAUUUACGAUUCUGUGUUCAUUUGUUAUUUUUAAGAUGUGAAGGAGUAAUGCAAUUCCAUCUUAAAGAGUGGGAAGGUCAUUUUGCAAAUCAUUUGAGACAUGUUGAGGUGGGUAGUGGUAUUUAUAUUGAGCUAUCUAUGGGCCCAGGUAACCAUUUAACAUCAUGUGAGCUUUUUUCUCCUUGUGAAGCAGUAAAAUAUAAACAAUGUGGU